AUGAAAAAUGUAAAAAAAGAAAAUAUUAAAUAUAAAAGCAUAGAUUGUGAAGAAAGAGAUAAGGCACUUACCGUUUGUGUUAAAAUAGCUCAGCAAAUAGACUUUACAGAUGAAAUAGAAACCCUGAAAAAGAAGAAAAUUAUUAAAAGAUGUAGUCGAUUAUUACCAUUAUGUCCUUACCUUGAUGAGAAUGUUCUGAGAGUUGGUGGCCGUUUAAAGCAUGCAGAGCUGAAAUAUGAAAGAAAACAUCCUGUCAUACUUACCAGAGAUAAUCCACUUAUACCACUUCUGUUGGAUGAUACACACAAAGAGACGCUGCAUGGAGGUCCUCGAUUAAUGACUUCAUACCUGCAAAAUAAUUAUUGGAUUAUAAAUGGCGGUCAAAGAAUAAAGAGAUUUUAUAGACAGUGCAAAAAAUGUGCUAUAUACAAUGCUACUACUAGUAAUCAAUUAAUGGGAAACUUACCUGACGUUAGAGUGAAUCCAUCUCGCUCAUUUUCAAUAAGUGGAGUCGAUUAUGCUGGUCCUAUACUAUGUCGAAUGAGCAAAGGACGAGGAGCUAAAGCAUAUAAAUCAUAUAUAUGCCUAUUUAUUUGCAUGGCAACAAAAGCCAUACAACUUGAGUUAGUCAGUGACAUGACAACAGAAGCAUUUAUUUCGUCAUUUAAAAGAUUCGUCGCACGAAGAGGUCGAUGUUAUGAGCUGUGGAGUGAUCACGGAACUACAUUUAUAUCAGCAGAGAAAACCCUAUUUGAGAUGUGGAAACAGGGUAAAAACGAACUUCCUGAAGAAUUGAGAAUUUUGUUGGAUGAUAGAGGCACUGUUUGGAAAUAUAUACCACCUGGCGCUCCUAACUUUGGAGGCUUAUGGGAAGCCGGGGUGAAAUCUGUGAAGUAUCACCUUAAGCGUAUACUAGGAGAUACUACGCUUACUUUUGAGGAGUUAUACACAGUCUUGACUCAAGUAGAGGCUUGUCUUAAUUCGCGUCCACUAACAGCACUUAAUGAUGAUUACGAGUAUCUGACGCCCGGACAUUUUCUUGUUGGAGAGCCUACUAUAACUUUACCAGACAGAAACUAUGAAAAGGUAAAUGUAUCCAAUUUAACGAGAUGGCAAUUGACACAGAAAAUAGUGCGUGAUUUUUGGUCAAGAUGGCAAACUGAAUAUUUGUCUCGAUUACAGCAACGUCCUAAAUGGAUGAGGGUUCAAAAAGAUUUCGAGAUUGGAGAUAUGGUCUUAAUAAAAGACUCAAGAGCGUCUCCAGCCAGUUGGCGCCUUGGUCGAAUACAAAAGAAGUAUCCGAGUUCCGAUGGCCUAGCUAGAGUUUACGAUGUUCGUACAGCCACAGGUGUUAUGCAACGUUCGGUGUCUAAACUUUGUAGACUUCCUGAUUUCAACUGA